AUGGCGAGGCCCGUGAGUGGCUCCCUCUCGGGGAAGGUAGUUUUGCCGUGCCAAUUCUCCACCAUACCCACUACCAUGCCCGCCAUCAACGCCAAUGGCACCACCCCCAGCACCGACUACCUGCGCAUCAAAUGGACCAAAAUUGAAGGGGAAAAGGAAUCCACAGUGCUGGUGGCCCAAAAUGGCAAGAUUAAAAUAGGCUCCACCUACAGGAACCGUGUGUCGGUGCCCAGCCACCCAGAGGAUGUGGGGGAUUCUUCUCUGACCAUGGUGAAGCUCCGAGCCAGCGAUGCCGGCACCUACCGCUGUGAGGUCAUGUACGGCAUCGAGGACACGCAGGACACGGUCAACCUCAAUGUCAACGGUGUUGUGUUUCACUACCGGGCAAGCACCAGCAGGUACACCAUGAAUUAUGAGAGUGCUGUCCAGGCCUGCCAAACAAUAGGAGCCUCCAUUGCCACGCCUGACCAGCUGAAGUCAGCGUAUGAGGACGGCUUUGACCACUGCGAUGCAGGUUGGAUCGCAGAUCUGUCAGUUAGAUACCCAAUCACUAGACCGAGACCAGGCUGCUAUGGAAACCUGCAGGGGAAGCCUGGGGUGAGGACAUAUGGACCCCGAAAGGCCACAGAGACCUAUGAUGUGUACUGUUAUGUGGACAAGCUGAAUGGUGAGGUAUACUACGCGCCUGUGACCCAUAAGAUGACGUUUGAGGAGGCAAAGGAGGAGUGUGAGAACAGGAACGCCGUCCUGGCGUCACCAGGUCAGCUCCACUCCGCCUGGAGACAGGGUCUGGACAGGUGUGACUACGGCUGGCUGGCCGACGGCAGCGCUCGCCACCCCGUCGCGGUACCCAGAAUGCAGUGCGGCGGCGGUCUGCUGGGCGUCAGGACCAUGUAUCGCUACAGGAACCAGACUGGCUUCCCAGAACCCAUCACCCAGCUGGGAGCAUACUGCUUCAAAGGCAUCCACUCCUGCACUGAGAACAUUUGUCUGAACGGGGGCUCUUGCUACAGAAGCGGACGUUUCCAAUCUUGCAGCUGUGCCCCUGGCUACAGUGGGGAUCGUUGUGAAACAGACAUUGAUGAAUGUCAAUCCAACCCCUGUCGCAAUGGAGGUACCUGCAUUGACGGCCUGAAUUCCUUCACCUGUGUUUGCCUCCCGAGCUAUGCUGGAUUGUAUUGUGAUGAAGACACUCAGACGUGUGACUACGGCUGGCAUAAGUUCCAGGGACACUGCUACAAGUACAACCCCCAGAGGAGGAACUGGGAUACAGCGGAGAAGGAGUGUCGGGUACAGGGGGCACACCUCACCAGCAUUCUCUCCCAUGAUGAGCAGCGGUUUGUCAACCGUCUUGGACAGGACUACCAAUGGAUCGGCCUGAACGAUAAGAUGUACGAUAAUGACUUCCGCUGGACCGACAGCAUGCCCAUGCAAUACGAAAACUGGCGCCCCAACCAGCCGGACAGUUUCUUCUCAUCUGGAGAGGACUGUGUGGUGAUGAUCUGGCAUGAGGACGGCCAGUGGAACGAUGUGCCUUGUAAUUAUCACCUCACCUUCACCUGCAAGAAAGGCACAGUGGCCUGUAAUCAGCCCCCUCUGGUACAGAAUGCUCAGACCUUCGGCAGGAAGAGUUCACGCUAUGAGAUCAAUGCUCUGGUGAGGUAUCAGUGUAAGGGCGGCUUCAUCCAGAGGCAUGUGCCGACCAUCCGUUGCCGUGGAGAUGGCCGAUGGGACAUCCCCAAAAUUGCUUGCAUGAGUCCAUCAAACUCCCAAAGGGCAUUCUCAAGGAGGCACCAGAAAUACAGCCUGUUCAGCAGUAACAACUACAAGUGGCGGUCCGACGAGGCAGAGGCCCGACACCGUCCUCACCAUCGAGGAAGGAGAUUGAGGAGAUCGGUGAACAGGCGAAACAGAAGACAGUAAUCGCCGUGGUUAGGCUAGGUUACGCCUGCUCACAAUCUGCACAAUAGGAAUGCAUGACUGUCACUCAUGUGGAGAUGGGUUUUUUUUUACGAAUGAAAAAAGAAAAUACAUUUGAACAAAAAAGGAACAAAAAAAACAAACCCAAAGGAAAUGUGAAAUCUUGGAAUGAAGUGCCUUUUCAAAGAAUAUUCUGAUAUAGGGACACUAAUUUAUAACAACGCCAAAGUGGAUACCUUCCACUGGCUACUGGAAAUUAAAGAAAAAUAACCUCUCAUGAGUGUGCCGGGGAAGAACUUCGAACCAAAUAGUGCAUUCAUUAGACAGUCCUCUAUUUUACACAGACUGAAGAUUGUUCAACUCUUACAUGGUGAAAAAGAUACAGGCAAAGACCAGCUUUUGUAAAAUUAUUGCGCUUGUGUUAUGCAAAAGAAUUCAAAACAUUUUCAAAUAGUCUGUGCUACGCAGCUCCUAACGCUCAAAUGAAUCCAAUACAUCUCCCAUUAAGGUCCUCUCCAUAAUCCGGAAAUACAAUUUCAAAGAAAGAGGAUCUAUCUUUGGGUUUAACAUCAAUAGAGUUCCUGUUGUUAAACAUGAUUACUGUAUGUAUUUCAUGCAGUUUUUCAUCCAAGAUUUCAUCUUUACCAGAGGAACGGAGCAGGCCCUGAGACUAUUGGAUGGCACACAUCACUGACCAAUCAGAUUUCAGAUCACUGAAAGAGAAAAGAAACAUGGAAGAUGCCGAGCCAAUCAAUUUAGAGUGCUUGUGAGGUCAGCUUUGAACAAAUAACCAGUUCCUUAUCAUCAACUGCAGCCUUCAUCCCGUCUCAUCCGUGUGUUGUAAAGAUAAAUAUACAGUUGAAGUCGGAAGUUGUAAAUAAACCAUAGCCAAAUACAUUUAAACUAUGUUUUUUCACAAUUCCUGACAUUUCAUCCUUGUCUGUAAUACCAACAUGUUUUAAAAGAACAAUAAGGUAACCUGCCUAGAAGACUACUGACACAUAGCACUCACGUCUGUCACCAUGAAGUGCUUUGAGGCUGGUCAUGGCUCACAUCAACACCAUCAUCCCAGAAACCCUAGACCCACUCUAAUUUGCAUACCGCCCAAACAGAUCCACAGAUGAUGCAGUCUCUAUUGCACAUACACCUUAGCCAAAUCGAUUUAAACUCAGUUUUUCACAAUUCCUGACAUUUAAUCCAAGUAAAAAUUCCCUGUCUUUAGGUCAGUUAAGAUCACCACUUUAUUUUAAGAAUGUGAAAUAGUCGAGACAAUGAUUUAUUUCAGCAUUUAUUUCUUUCAUCACAUUCCCAGUGUGUCAGAAGUUUACAUACACUAAAAUAGUAUUUGGUAGCAUUGCCUUUAAAUUGUUUUACUUGGGUCAAACGUUUCGGGUAGCCUUCCACAAGCCAGAGCUGGUGCAACUAUGCCUCCUUGCUCUCACACGCUUUCCCAGUUCUGCCCACACAUUUGAUAUAUUUAUUAAGCCAUUUUGACUCACCACUUUGGAAGUAUAAUUGGGGUCAUUGUCCAUAUGGAAGAUCCAUUUGCAAUCAAGCUUUAACUUCCAGACUGAUGUCUUGAGAUGUUGCUUCAAUAUAACCACAUCAUUUUCCUUGAUGCCAUCUAUUUUAAUUUUCCAUGAUGCCAUCUAUUUUGUGAAGUGCACCAGUCGCUCCUGCAGCAAAGCACCCCCCCAACAUGAUGCUGCCACCCCCGUGCUCCACGGUUGGGAUGGUGUUCUUUGGCUUGAAAGCCUCCCCCUUUUUCCUCCAAACAUAACGAUGGUCAUGAUGGCCAAACAGUUCUAUUUUAGUUUCAUCAAACCAGAGGACAUUUCUCCAAACAGUAUGAUAUUUGUCACCAUGUGCAGUUGCAAACUGUAGUCUGGCUUUUUUUUAUGGUGGUUUUGGAGCAGUGGCUUCUUCCUUGCUGAGCGGACUUUCAGGUUAUGUCGAUAUAGGACUCGUUUUACUGGGGUUAUAGAUACUUUUGUGCCCGUUUCCUCCAGCAUCUUCACAAGGUCCUUUGCUGUUGUUCUGGGAUUGAUUUGCACUUUUCGCACCUAAGUAGGUUAAUCUCUAGGAGACAGAACGUGUCUCCUUCCUGAGCGGUAUGACGGUUGCGUGGGCCCAUGGUGUUUAUUCUUGCGUACUAUUCUUUGUACAGAUGAACGUGGUACCUUCAGGCAUUUGGAAAUUGCUCCCAAGGAUGAACCAGACCUUUUUUUCUGAGGUCUUGGCUGAUUUCUUUUGAUUUUCCCAUGAUGUCAAGCAAAGAGGCACUGAGUUUGAAGGUAUGCCUUGAAAUACAUCCACAGGUACACCUCCAAUUGACACAAAUUAUGUCAAUUAGCCUAUCAGAAGCUAAGGCCAUGACAUAAUUUUCUGGAAUUUUCCAAGCUGUUUAAAGGCACAGUCAACUUAGUGUAUGUAAACUUCUGACCCACUGGAAUUGUGAUACAGUGAAUUAUAAGUGAAAUAAUAUGUCAAUAUGUCAAGAUGUCAAUAUGUCAAGAAAUUUGUGGAGUGGUUGAAAAACGAGUUUUAAUGACUUCAAUCUUCAAAAGUUUAUAUAUACUUCCGACUUCAACUGUAUAUGAAUAGAUAUUUAUAGAAUAUAUAAUAUGUUGACAAUGGGUGCUGUUUUCAAUGCAAAAUGACAAUUGACAAUGGGUGCUGUUUUCAAUGCUAAAUGACAAUUGAGAGAAUGUGCUCGUGAAACACUCCAAAAGACCUGAACAAACACCCUUUUCAACAAGAGAUGCGAUAUAAUUUAUUUUUUCAAGCUGCUUUUCCUCUUCUUGCUAUGCUAUUAUGUCAUCAGUGAAAUAUUUUGAUGAUGCAAUCAGUUGGCCUGACAGCAGUCUCAAUACUUUGUACAUGUAUCGUACAGGCUUUGCAGGAGACAGCUAUCAUCACAGUAUUAGUCAAUGUGAUGAAGAUAUUCCUUUAC